AUGGAUAUGAUGCUUCCUCCUGCAUUUGGAUUGGUAACUUUGGUGGUUGUGGCAUAUUGCAUGCUCAAUGUGUGGAUGGCCAUGCAGGUUGGAAUGGCUAGAAAAAGAUACAAUGUUCCAUAUCCAGCCAUGUAUGCAGAUGAAAAUGAGAACAAGGAUGGCAAAUUAUUCAAUUGUGUACAGAGAGGUCAUCAGAACUCCUUGGAGGUCAUGCCCAUGUUUUUUGUGCUUCUCACAUUUGGAGGUUUGCAGCACCCAAUAGCAGCGACUGUUUUGGGUGUCAUAUAUUGUAUGGCAAGGUUUCUGUAUUUCACAGGCUAUUCAACUGGUGAUCCAAAGAGGAGACUCACAUAUGGGAGAUUCAACUUUUUGGCAUUGGUGGGACUGUUGGGAUGCUCUGCUUCUUUCGGAGUGCGUCAACUCUUGAGUGGUCCUUUGAUUUAG